UAACUGGACGGACCUUCUGUUAGACCAGAGAGGGCUCCCGAAGGCUGCCUUGUCCCCAUUGGAGCCCGGCAGCAGUGAUGAGUAGAAUCUCCCCCUGGCUUCCUUGGCCAGGAGAUGCCCAGGCCCGGCCCCUUCUCCCCGGCUGCCCGAGGAUCCCUCUCGUGUGCCCCUGAGUCCAGGGGGGGUGGACGGCACUGCCCGCCGGCGAUGGAGACUCCACCGGACAGGAUGAGGGGAGCCUGUGGGACCUCCUGCGAGUGUGGGUCAGCUUCAUCAGCUCUGGUUGGGAUCAUAGCCAUGGCCUCCUACUUGCUUCCCUGCUGCGGGGUCUGCCUUCUCCAUCUUCUGUCCAACUGUCAGAAUAAUGGCCUUAGGACAUAUUCGUGGCCGUGGAACUCCCCUGUUCAAAAGAGAUGCCGUACCCUCGCCCUUGCCAGUCUCCCGGGUCAGCAGGCAGCCUGCAGCGGUCGCCAUGGUUUUUGGUGAGUUUUUCCACAGCCCCGGACAAGACGAGGAGCUGGUUCACCUGAAUGUGGGGGGCUUCAGGCAGACGGUGGGCCAGAGCACCCUCCUCCGCUUUCCCCACACCAGACUGGGGCGCCUGCUCGCCUGCCACUCGGAGGAGGCCAUCCUGGAGCUCUGCGACGACUACAGCGUGGCCGAGAGGGAGUACUACUUCGACCGCAACCCCUCCUUGUUCCGCUACGUGCUGAAUUUCUACUACACGGGCAAGCUCCACGUCAUGGAGGAGCUCUGCGUGUUCUCCUUCUGCCAGGAGAUCGAGUACUGGGGCAUCAACGAGCUCUUCAUCGACUCGUGCUGCAGCAACCGCUACCAGGAGCGGAAAGAAGACAACCCCCACAAGGACUGGGACCAAAAGAGCAACGACGUCAGCACGGACUCCUCCUUCGAGGAGUCCUCUGUCUUUGAGAAGGAGCUGGAGAAGUUCGAUGGGAUGCGCUUGGGCAGCCUCAGGAAGAAGAUCUGGAUCCACAUGGAGAACCCCGCCUCCUGCCUCUCCGCUAAGCUCAUCGCCGUCUCCUCGCUGAGCGUCGUGCUGGCCUCCAUUGUGGCCAUGUGCGUGCACAGCAUGGCGGAGUUCCAGAAGACCGAGGACGGCGUGGAAAACCCCGUCCUAGAAGCGGUGGAGAUCACGUGCAUCGUCUGGUUCACCGGGGAGCUGGCCAUCAGGCUGGCGGCCGCCCCCUGCCAGAAGAAGUUCUGGAAGAGCCCACUGAACAUCAUCGACUUCGUCUCCAUCAUCCCCUUCUAUGCCACGUUGGCCGUGGACACCCAGGACGAGGAGAGUGAGGACAUUGAGAACGUGGGCAAGGUGGUCCAGAUCCUGCGGCUCAUGAGGAUCUUCCGCAUCCUGAAGCUGGCCCGGCACUCGGUGGGGCUGCGCUCCCUGGGCGCCACGCUGCGGCACAGCUACCACGAGGUGGGGCUGCUGCUGCUCUUCCUCUCGGUGGGGAUCUCCAUCUUCUCCGUGCUCGUCUACUCUGUGGAGAAGGACGAUGCUGGCUCGGGGCUGACCAGCAUCCCCAUCUGCUGGUGGUGGGCGACCAUCAGCAUGACCACGGUGGGCUAUGGGGACACGCACCCGGUCACGCUGGCGGGCAAGCUCCUGGGCAGCACCUGCAUCAUCUGUGGCAUCCUGGUGGUGGCCCUGCCCAUCACCAUCAUCUUCAACAAGUUCUCCAAGUACUACCAGAAGCAGAAGGACGUGGACGGGGACGCCGGCGGGGAGGAGCCGGCCCCGGGAGCUGGCCAGCUCCCCUACUUCAACAUCCGCGACCUUUACGCCCAGCGAGUACAUUCCUUCCUCUCUAGCCUUUCUUCUGCGGGGAUCGUGGCCAGCGAGCAAGACUCCACGGACGCGUCCAGCAUCGAGGAGGCCGAGGAUGCCUACGACACCGCGUCCCUGGAGAACGACCCGGCGAAGUGAUUGAGGCGUCCCGGAGGCAGGCGUGGGAGACCCGGAGGUGGGCAUGGGGAACCCGGACGUGGCUCAGCCACUCGCUGACCGUGCGAGCCUGGGCCAGGCACACUCCCCACGAGCCUCAGUUUCCCUCUUUGUCAAAGUGGGAGAGUCCGGUUCAAAGCUUCUGCUUUGGCAUCCUGAGACCUUGGAGCCAGCGGGGGGCUGCCGGGCUGGAUUGUCGGGUCUCGCUGCUGUUCCUCCAGCAUUUCGCCUCUAACCUUCUAGCCUUUGGCACGCCGGUUCAGAUCGCUAAUUCUCAGGGUGAACCUUUCCGCCAUGGUUAGACAAUCAUUGCUCGGAAUCAUAGCUCAGGCUUUAUUUUUUUCUCAAGGAGGCUGAAGAAGAUGCCUGAUUCAGCAAUUUAUUUUUUACAUAGCGUCCAUGAUGCAGUUUGAAAUGAGAAAGGGAGCAAGGGAGCCCUGCUGACGCCCCCAGCGGGCUGGGCGUGUCCUUCAUCCCUGGGGUGGGUGACCGCCAGGGCAUGGCGCGGGAUGCAGCGACCCAAGAGUCUGUGUGCAUGUCAAAGCCAGGGCGGGAACUGUGCAUGUGCAUUCAAGUUCACACGCUAAACAUGGAGAUUAGGAGCCUAAUAAACGUCCUACAUCAGUGCACAGAC